AUGGCAGCCCCGCACCUAGCAAGUCUGAUAACGAAAUCGUCUCUCAGGAGACCGUUGGCAAGCUUUUGCAGAGCACCCAAAAGCUAUCUCAAUGCGCAAAGCAGGAUUUUUGGAAUCAACCCAGUUACCUCGCAAGGGUUUCCUAGCAGAACAUCGCCGGCGCCGGCCGCCGGUUUUAAGAUGUUUGGUGGUACCGGUUUCGGGUCUGUGCAAUUUGGUAUUCGCUCUUUUAGAGUUUCGAGCGGCCGCGGAGCUGGUGGUGGGUCUGGAGGCUCUGCCGGCGGAGGGUCUGGUGGUGGUGGUGGAAGUGGUGGCGGUGGAGGAAAUGGUUCGGGUAACUGGUCGCUGCUUUCAUGGUAUCUGUCUCUCCUUGCCAAGCAUCCUGUGACGACAAAAGCAAUUACAUCAGCAUUCUUAACUUUGGUUGGAGAUAUGAUCUGCCAGCUUGUGAUUGAUCAAGUACCAUCUCUUGACGUGAAGCGAACAUUUCUGUUCACACUGUUGGGCCUGGUUUUGGUUGGUCCAACACUGCAUUUCUGGUAUUUGUAUUUGAGUAAACUGGUUACGACUCCCGGAGCUUCGGGUGCUUUUUUGCGCCUUAUUCUUGAUCAGUUUGUUUUCGCGCCCAUUUUCAUUGGAACUUUUCUUUCUAUUCUGAUGACUCUUGAGGGGAGGCCAUCGGAUGUAAUACCAAAACUGAAACAGGAGUGGUUCUCGUCAGUUCUUGCAAAUUGGCAGCUGUGGAUACCUUUUCAGUUCCUCAAUUUUCGAUUUGUGCCCCAACAAUUCCAGGUCCUUGCUGCUAAUUUUAUUUCCUUAAUAUGGAAUGUGAUUCUUUCAUAUAAAGCACACAAAGAAGUUAUUGCCAAAUAG